ACACAGAGUGACAGAACGAACAAGGUUAAAAUAUUUAGAUUAUCCCGAACUUUUAGAAUACUGUGCCUGCUCAAGUUAAUUUCAUUUGCUAAAUGUCUAAAGAAUUAUAGACUUAACAAAACACCCGCAUGAUGGGCAAUGAGGGUUCACAACUAAGUGGUUUGGAGAUUGAAGAGAAGGCAGCUGAGAUUACAGACUUUUGGGCCCAUUAUAGAGCGACAAUAAACGAUAGUUGUAGUUAUUUUAGCUUAAAAAGUGAUGGUUCCGUGUCUGUUUUUAAAGGGGAAGUGGUAUCGGGGCCGCUAUGGACAGUGUCAACACCUCUGGAAAAAUUCUCUAAUAACUUGUUGAAGUACAGACACCCAUGUAUCUUGCGCUAUGUGUCAGCAUGGCAGCAAAGAUCAACUAUUUACCUAGCCACAGAGUAUGUGCAGCCACUGACACAGGUGCUUGGCUCCUUGACUCCGCUGCAGAUAUGCAUUGGCUUGAAUAACAUAUUGAGAGCAUUAGUAUUUUUACACCAACAGGCUGGAAUGUCACACAACAACGUUAGUAUGCAAGCCAUAUAUGUCACUGGAGAUGGACAAUGGAAACUUGGCGGCUUGCAGUAUCUCUGCUCGUUUCAAGAACUUACAUCUGCUUAUUUGAAACAUGCUCGGAUACAUAGAUAUGACAAGGCUGUAGACCCUAAUGAGGAUUCCCAAGAGGUCACAAAGAAUGUGGACCAGUAUGGUUUUGCUGCCCUUGUAGAUGAUGUGUUUGCUGGACACGAAGAUGAUCAAGUACCCCAUUUAAAAGAAUUUAAACAAUACUGCAGAAAUAGUCUUCAACAUAGUAGCCCUGACAUGCGACCUGGACUCUCGGAGGUCCUUCAGCACAGCUUUUUUAAUCACGAAUUUAUAUCUAUUUAUAAAUUCCUUAAUUUCCUACCCCUGAAAAGUGAAGAAGAAAGAAGCGAAUUCUUUUCGACCAUUUUAGAGACACUUAAAUGCUAUCACGAAGAAACUGUUGCAAAACAAUUGGGUGGUCUGUUACUUUCUAGGUUAACUAUGUUAGACCAAACAGCAAGAAAGGAUGUAAUACCAUUCAUCUUAAAACCAAAGCAUGAGCGGUCACAAAAUUGUGAAUACCCCGGAUUUUUCAGUAUUAGCGUGUUUAAGGAACAUGUUAAACCAAGACUUAUGCAGUUAUUUGGAGUUCGAGACAGCCAAAUACGAACGUUGCUGCUAACACAUUUUUCCAAAUAUGUUCAUGUAUUUUCACACGAAGAACUCUCCCAACACAUACUUCCAGAGUUACUGCUCGGAAUCAAAGACACAGAUGACAACUUGGUAGCUUCUACUCUUAUAUGCUUGAGUGAACUAGUACCUAUAUUAGGAGCUAGCACAGUUAUAGGCGGCAAGAGGUCCAAAUACUUUACAGACGGGCGCCCCAACUCAAAGAGCAGCCCUCAUGCGCCGCCGCGGGGCCGGACCCCUGAUAACACUUUUACACAAAGGAAGUCUCUCAAAGACUUAUCAUGUUCCGAAGAAAUAUUCAAACAUAAUCACGAGAAGGCUGAGGUUUAUGACACUGAGAACAUCUCACAUUUGAUUGAAAGGCCUUCACCGGUGGGUGGCGAGUCAGUAGAAAUAGAAACUGUUAGAAUAAAUUCUAAUGUAGCAGAUGCAAGUGAAGACGAUUGGAGUGACUGGGACAACACUAACAACGCAAAAAACGCUGUAUUUAAUCAUCCAGAUAUCAAGGAGUUUGAGGAUAUCCCUCUAGCCGUCAGUAGCGAAGUCACAAUAAAAAAACCAUUGGUUAAAUCUUUACUUCUACAAAAAGCUGCAAUAGAAGCAAAGAAAAACAUAAUUGAUAUUUCAGAGUUGGACAUAAAGAAUCAGAAAUUUGAAAAUAUAAAGAAAACUGCGGAUGAGUUUGAUUUCUUUGCGGACAUGACCCCGGUCAUAGAAAAAGCAACAAUAAGUGCAGUCGCGGCCGACAGUCUCUUGUCGUCCAGCAGUAAACUGGACUUCGUCCCGGACGACGGCGCCGAUGGGAGCGAAGGCUGGGGCGAGAACUGGAAUGACUAGAUCGCUGGUUACGAUUCAAACACAAACAUUCGGUAGAGUAUUUAUUGAAUAUGAGACAAAUUGGUACAAGCUAUAUCAAUCAUAAUGAACUGUUCAUUUGUUUCCUAGAUGAAAUGUACAUAAUAUGUAUUAUAGAAUAUUAAGGUGGAAACACAAGAGUUACUAUGGAUAGACAUAUGAUUGGAAUUCAUUACAUAAUUUAUUAUUGUUUCUUUUAUAUAUUUUUUUAUUUAUAAACAAUUCGUGAUAGUAGAAAGUGGCAUGUAAUUUAUUAUCAGUGGUUGUGGGACACUUCCUCAUAAAAUUUAAAUAAGGAAUCAUUUUUAACGUUAAGUCUUACACUAUUGCAUUUACAAGUUUAAUCAAGAGUGUAUCGUUACGGCAAAAAUAAUUUCUAAAUCUAUACAAGUUUUAUAUACACGUAUAUAAGACUCAAAUCCUGCUUCACCUAAUCUAGUGUUACUCGGGAGAAAAUUAUGAAUUGUCCCAUAGGUACAAUAAAAAUUUAGUGAACUUAAGUACAGUCAAGGAGUUUAAUUGUUGAUCCAUUUAGGGUUCACUUUAGGGUUCACAUUGGACAUUUCAUACUAACGGUAUUGACAACCAAAUUAGCUUGAACCCUAAAUGGAUCAAGAAUUAAAGUGUGACCUUAUGAUUAUGACUACUAAAUAUUGUGGAAAAACGAGUAACAAAUGUAUUGUCGUAGCACUCAAUGUUAAGAUGUGAAACUGAAACACAUUAUUCUUAGUAAUGUCAUUGACAAACUUGAAUGCACAGUAUACCUAUAUAAAAUGUAGCAUGUACACUAUAAGUACCGUACAGUGUAUAUAAUAUCUACACCGUAUCUCAUAACUCACAAUUUAUGUUGAUUUUCUAGUCUCAUAUACGAGUAUAUUAAACGAUUGGGCUUACAUUUCGUGCAGUAAGUACUGGUAAAAAAAUAAGUGUAAUAUUGGCUCGUAUACUCGGUGAAAUGUAUACUACGAGUAUCCCACUUAUUUUUGGGGCAUCUUCGGAUAUGGUUUUAUUUCUGAAAUUGCAAAUAUCUAAAGAGCGACACUUACAAAAACGCCUUAAAGCGUGUCGUACAAGGUGCUUCUAGUUUAGUGAUAGUUCCGAAGUUACCCUAAUGCACCUUAAUUUGAAAAUUGUAGUUAACUAUAUGUCACUAAAACACGUGGAUUAAUUUUCUAAAAAUCAGACAUUCCUUGCUGACGCUGACCGUGCUAAAAAGCCGUACGAUAAGUGUCAAAAGUGAAAAAUAGCCCAAGAGUCAUUGUAGUGUCAUAUUAUUUGUAAUAUACACUUUAUAAAUUAUCGCUACUUA